CUGAACGAUUAAACCAGCAAUAAACAGAAACAACGUCACAGGCCAGCCCCAAAGGACAGAGUGAGAUGGUAACAGUUGGAGGUCACUCGUAGGUCAGAGAAAAUCAGUCUACGCUGAACACUCAAGCUCGACUGUCACGUUUUUUCAUUAGAGAAUCCUAACUUCGAGGUACAGUUUUAGCACAAUGUCGAUCCAGAGUAUCAAGGCACGACAAAUUUACGACUCUCGUGGCAAUCCCACUGUCGAGGUCGAUCUUGUGACCGAGAAUGGUCUCUUCAGGGCAGCUGUUCCUUCUGGUGCAUCCACCGGUGUUCACGAGGCUCUCGAGCUUCGUGACAACGACAAAUCCAAGUACCAUGGAAAGUCUGUCUUCAAGGCUGUCGAAAACAUCAACUCUCUUAUCGCUCCCGAGUUAUUGAAGUGUGGUUUACAAGUCACUCAACAAACAGACAUUGACAAUCUUCUAUUGAAGAUCGAUGGCACACCCAAUAAGUCGAAGCUGGGAGCCAAUGCAAUUCUCGGUGUUUCCCUGGCUGUUUGCAAGGCUGGAGCCGCCAAGAAAGGCAUGCCACUUUACAAGUACAUUGCCGAGCUCGCUGGUAACAAGGAGAUCAUCCUACCUACCCCAGCCUUCAAUGUUAUCAACGGUGGCUCCCACGCUGGUAAUAAAUUAGCCAUGCAGGAGUUUAUGAUCCUUCCAGUCGGUGCUGCCAAUUUCACAGAGGCUAUGAAAAUGGGCAGUGAAGUUUACCACCACCUCAAAAACAUCAUCAAAAAGAAGUUUGGUCUUGAUGCCACAGCUGUCGGUGAUGAGGGUGGAUUCGCUCCCAACAUUCUCGACAACAAGGAGGGAUUAAACUUGAUCAACGAAGCCAUCAAGGUGGCAGGAUACGAAGGCAAGAUUAAAAUUGGUAUGGACGUGGCAGCCUCAGAGUUCCAUAAGAAUGGGAAGUACGAUUUGGACUUCAAGAAUGAGAAGUCUGAUCCAUCCACCUACCUCGAGCCCAAGGCCCUCGAAGCCCUGUACUUGGACUUCGUGAAGGAAUACCCAAUUGUCUCGAUUGAAGAUCCCUUCGACCAGGACGGCUGGGACUCCUGGACUUCCAUCACUGCAGCCACACCCAUCCAGAUCGUUGGUGAUGACUUGACUGUCACCAAUCCUGUCAGAAUCGAGACAGCAAUUGCCAAGAAGGCUUGCAACUGUCUUCUCCUGAAGGUCAACCAGAUCGGCAGUGUGACUGAAUCAAUAAAUGCUCACAAGCUCGCAAAGAGCGCUGGAUGGGGCACAAUGGUGUCUCAUCGUUCAGGAGAGACCGAGGACACAUUCAUCGCUGAUUUGGUCGUUGGUUUGUCGACUGGACAGAUCAAGACAGGCGCCCCCUGUCGCUCUGAGCGAUUGGCCAAGUACAAUCAGAUCCUUCGUAUCGAAGAGGAAUUGGGAGCUGCUGCCAAGUAUGCUGGCGAGAAAUUCCGCAACCCCACGGCUUAAACGGUCUCCCCACACCAAUAUCACCACCAAAACGUUAAUAGAUCAACAGAAACAAUGAGAGAUAUUCUGAAGUAAUCAAUAUUUUCUAUGAGUGAAAAUACUACGUGAACACUUUGUGGUUGAACGAAGAUAUUCAGUCGUUAGUGCGGUUUCUAACACAUAAUUUUGUUAGUUGCUCGUACUUAGAAUGAUAAUUAAUUAACUCAAUUGAAAGUUAUGAUAUAUUAAGUUGCAAUUCAACAAAAUGGUGGAGCGAAAAUACUUGCGAAGUGUCUACCACGGUUUUUUUCUGGCAACAUUCACUCAGUUGCAAAUUUCCGAAGAAAAUAGGAACAGAUAUUAUGUGUGGAAAACUUAAUUUUCUGUAAAAAAUAUUUAAGAUAUUUUUCUGAGAAAGUGUACCUGAAAUAAUCGGUUGAUGCGUUUUGCAAUGUUUUUUUCCUAUCAUUCGAUGAUUGAAAUUGACUCUUCUUUUUACUUUGUCCUGUUAAUUAAUAAGAUCGUAUUAUAUCAGAUUCUGGGAUGAAAAUUGAGCUUGGUGCUCAAGCUUCAGUAAUUAUCGAACAUUGACGUAUCAUAACAUGUUGAGGUUUCGUGAGUUCCGUGAUAGUAAGAAUUAUUGUCUAGCGAUCGAUGGCAUUGAUUAAAUAAAGUGAGACCGAAAAAAAA